GCGCGCGCGCGCUGUCAGGGAAAUCCCGGCCAUAAACGCCGGUCUGCUGGUCUACAGACACUCGUCCACGUAUGAUUGAUUAUUCAUGUACCUACCUACCUCCCCUCCCAUGCACCCGGACCGGAGCGCAUCCUAACGGCCGGUUUCCUACCUUGGCGACCACCUCUUCCGCGCGCAACCCGCUCGUGCUGCCAUUUAAAGAGCACGCGCACAACUUGGAACCUGCACUCGGCCUGGCAGAGGUUACUUAUAGUAACCCACUUACCAUCUAGGCCACUGUUGACCUGAUUGAAUGGGCAUAGUAGAAUAAUUGUACACUGGGUUCAAAUCAGCCAGAGGUCGCCAUGGAAAAAGGAAGUUUAGAGUUUGGUUUCCCAUUUGGCUGCACUGCUGACAGCUUAGCAAAGCCUGUGGAUGUAAAGCAGCAGAAGAUCAGGGAAGUUUAAGAAGCUUUUUUUUUUUUUUAUUAACCAGGAGUGAAUUGCAUUAUGUCUUGAAGCCUGUUGCAUUAUCUGGUGGGACGCAUUACAGACCAGCUGCUUCCUUGGCUUUCUGCAAAGUUGAUGUAUGACGUCAAAAGAAAGGUUUGGAGUAUUUGUCAUUCGUAGCAAUAUGACAGCGUUUUGGAAAGAGCACUCCCUGGACGCCACAGUGGAAGAGAUGAUGCUGGACUCUCGUGCCAGGGAGCUGACUAAGCAGGAGCUGCCCGAGAUCCUCUCCAUGCUGCCCUGCCUGAGUGGACGCAGAGUGCUGGAGCUGGGAGCUGGCAUCGGACGUUACACCAGCCAGCUGCUGACCAAGGCGGCCCAUGUGACGGCUGUGGACUUCAUGGAAAGCUUUGUGGAGAGGAACAGACAGUUGAAUGGUCACCAUAACAACGCAACCUUCAUCCAAGCUGACGUCACAAAGCUGGAUGUCCCUCAAAACAGCAUUGACUUCAUCUUCUCCAACUGGCUGCUGAUGUACCUCAGUGACAAGGAGAUGCCGUCCUUCAUAGAGAAAAUGCUCAGCUGGCUGCGGCCCGGUGGUUUUCUUUUCUUCAGAGAGUCCUGCAACCAUCGGUCAGGUGACAGCAAGAGGGACUUCAACCCCACCUGCUACCGCACUGAGGCACAAUACAGCAACCUGGUAUCUUCAAUACAAUCGGAGGGGCCUGAGGGGGGCCAAAAGUUUGGUUUUGACACUGUUCUGAAAAAGAAAGUUCAGACCUACGUUGAGAUGAAAAACAAUCCCAACCAAAUCUGUUGGCUCCUGGAGAAGGUCCCCCGCUCCUCAAACACUCAGAAUGGAUUCAGCACCUUCCAGCAGUUCCUGGACAACCAGCAGUACACCAGGCGCGGUAUUCUGCGCUACGAGAAGAUGUUCGGGGCUGGUUACGUGAGCACAGGCGGGCCCAGCACAACUAAGGAGUUUGUGGACCUGCUGAACCUGAAGCCCGGACAGACGGUUCUGGAUGUUGGCUGUGGCAUCGGUGGAGGAGACUUCUACAUGGCAAAGACCUUUGGAGUGGAAGUGCUUGGCCUGGACCUGUCAGACAACAUGGUGGACAUCGCCAUGGAGAGGGCGAUCACUGAGAAGCUGCCAUCAGUCCAGUUUGAGGUGGCUGAUGCCACUAAAAGGACAUUCCCAGAAGGUUUCUUCGAUGUGAUCUACAGCAGAGACACAAUCCUGCACAUAGAUGACAAACUGGACCUCUUCAAACGCUUCCAUUCAUGGUUAAAGCCAGGUGGCCAGUUGCUUAUCAGUGACUACUGCUGUGGGGAGAAGCCCUGGACCCCAGCGUUCGAGGCCUAUGUCAAACAGAGAGGUUAUGUCCUUUACACCCCUUCACAGUAUGGCAAGUUCAUUCAGGGAGCUGGUUUCUGCAAUGUUCGGGCAGAAGACCGAACAGCCCAGUUCAUCCAGGUGAUUGAAACGGAGCUGCAGAGAGCAGAGACCAUCAAGCAGGAAUUCGUUGAGGAAUUCUCUGAAGAGGACUACUUUGCAAUAGUGAAUGGAUGGAGAGAAAAACUGGAACGUUCCAACAGUGGAGACCAACGAUGGGGACUCUUUCAUGCGACAAGGGAUUGAGUGAUUCUACUAAGAAUGGAGAAGAUAAUAAAAGAAAAAAGGAAAGCUUCUUUUCCUUAUUUUCUGUGCUUUUGUCUUUGAUUAGUUCCUUGUUUAAAAAGAAAAACCCAUUGAGGAUUAAAAGUAAUAAGACAAGAUGCAGUGUGUUAAACCUGAAAGUUACAGCAGCACUUAAUACUGACAUGUUGCUGACAGGUUGUAGCAAACAUUCCUGUCAUUUUCAUAUAUUAAAAAUUAUAUGUGCAACAGUAUCUACUGUAUAAUCUUAUUUUGAUCAAAUUAAAUUUAUUGUUCAUCUAAACAUGAAAAUAACAGUACUGUCAAUUUUGUUUAUAUGAAGAGA